AAUGGAAAUAUAAAGAUGUAUGCAAACCUGAGUUUUAAAUAAAUAAACUGUAUAUAUAUAAAAUUAAAAAAUCAUUGGCAUCAUUUUGAAGAAAACAAUUUUUAUGUUAUUAAAAAUGAAAAUAAUUUUUGUACUUAUAUGUUAAAAAGUGUAGUCAAUUUUUUGUUGGCAGAAUUUUUUUGUUCCUCUCAAAUUUUUUUAUCUAUUUUAAAUUGAAUAAAAAUUGCGCGUUGUUAUUAAGGUUCCUGUACACCUGUUCUGUAAUUUAUUAUUAUUAAUUAUUAUUAUUAUUAGUGUCAACUUGAAGCAGCAAUAACUAUAAUUUCCAAAUCGCCGAAAUAUAAGUGAAAUUGUUGUACAAAUAAUUAUAUAUAAAUCCUUAAAUUAAAAUUAUUAAAUAAUCAAAAUGUUUAUUAAUUAUUAAUUUUGUUAUUUCGAGUACGCAAGCGAAUUUUUUUUUUUAUUUUGGCUAAAAUAUGCUUCUUAUUUUUACCACGUGUGCCACAUCAAUGGCCCCACAUUGGUGACUACAUUGUUGUUAUUAUUCUAUACAUGCAAACAUACGUAUAGAUAAAGUUCUUAAAAUUUAAAACUUGUUUAUAACAUUUAUAUAAAAAUAGUAUGAUUCAUUUUGACUCUUGAUUGAUUGCCAAAAAAAUAAUUUUUAUAAAUUUGCCAAUUACUUAAAAAAACAAAAUUGGAAAAAUAGAGAGACGGCAUUAAUAUGGUAGAAUUAUUAUCAAAUCGAUUGCAAGAUGUUUAUGCAAGAUGGGAAACUCCAACAGGUCCAUUUACUUCCGAAGAAAAUUCACCAAGACUUUCACUUGAUGGUCUUCGACGUGCUGGUCUACAAAGCCAGAGAAAACGCAGUCAAAUACGUGAACAAGCACGUAAAGUACGCGAAAGUUCACUAUUUAAAAUAAAAGAAUCUGAGCUUCUUCUUCCUCCAGCUGUUUUUACAAAUUCACAAUUUCAUCGAUGCUGUCCUACAUGUACACCAACAUCUCGAGAUUCUUUUAUUGAUGCUGCAGCUCGACCAACAAUAUCAGGAAAAAAUAUUCUUCUUGUUGAUCCACAGCCUGGUUUAAUAUCCAAGGUCUUUAAGCACUUUUGGUACAUGUACAAUUUACAAAAGUACGAUUACCCGGUAGUAACACAAACUGUACUUAACGACGAACGUUUAAAAGAUGCUAUCAGAAGUGCUGCUCUUGAACAAGUACAUUCAGAAAAUAUUAGUGAAGAAAAAGCAUACUAUCUUGCUGAAAAACGUGCCAUUAAUAUACUCAAAAAAAUGGAAAGUCGUAUAUCAAAUACACUAUUUCGUUUUACUGGUUGGGUAAUGUUUAAGUUAUUAUCAUUUUUUAUAAAAUCAGUUGUUGUUCAGCCAUAUCAACUUGAUGUAAUUAAGGAAGCCAAUAAAAGUGGUGUACCACUUGUUUUUUUGCCUCUUCAUCGUUCACAUCUUGAUUAUAUUCUCAUGAGUUUUAUGCGUCUUACUCAUAAUAUAAGAAAUUGUCUUAUUGCUGCUGGUGAUAAUCUUCAACUUCCAUUUUUUGGAAAUCUAUUGAGUGGUCUUGGUGCAUUUUAUAUUAAAAGAAAAAUUGAUUCAAUACCAGGAAAAAAAGAUAUUUUAUAUCGUGAAACAUUACAUACAUAUGUUAUGGAAUCAUUAAGAGCAGGACACAAUUUUGAAUUUUUUAUUGAAGGAGGAAGAACACGUACUGGUAAAACUUGUAUGCCAAAAGGUGGAAUAUUAUCAAUAAUUGUUGAUGCUGUUAUUGAUGGAACAAUUGAAGAUGCAUUAUUAAUUCCAGUAUCAAUUAAUUAUGAACGUCUUGUUGAUGGUAAUUUUGUAAAAGAACAACUGGGACAAGCAAAAGCUGUUGAAACUUUUAGUUCAGCUAUGAGGGCUAUUUGGAAAACAUUGAGAGGAAAUUAUGGUAUUGUAAAGAUAAAUAUAUGUGAACCAUUUUCCUUAAAAGAAAUGAUUCAAUCAUUGGAAUUAAAAAUAAGUCGAUCAAAUACAUCAAAAAUUAUGGAAAAAGGCAUGACACAAAGAAUGUCUACAUCAUCAUUGCUUGGAAGUGAAAUGAUUGAUGAUGAACACAGAUUACUUGUUGAUUCAUUAGCUCGACAUAUUGUUUAUGAUUCAUCAAAAUCAAUACCAAUUAUGUCAACAAAUAUUGUUGCAUUUUUAUUGUUGAAUAAAUUUAGAUAUGGAUGUUCACUUGAUAAACUUGUUAUGGCAUUUGAUGAAUUACGCUUGGAAUUAGAAUCUAAAAAUAAAGAUUUAGCAUUUUGUGGUGAAAAUAUUGAUAUAAUAAAUCAUGCAUUAAAAAUAUUAGGUCCUGGUCUUGUUCAACAAAAACGUCAAAAAGUAACAAAUACACUUGGUAAUCAAGUUGUAAAGACUCAAUUCAUAACAACUAUUGAACCAAUUUCAAUACUUCCAAAUAUUAUUGAACUUGCAUAUUACAGUAAUACAAUGACAAUGCAUUAUGUAAUGGAUAGUAUUGUUAUUUCAGCAUUGUAUGGAGCAUUAAAAUUACAAAUUAAUGAUCCAAAAUUAAGAGCUGAAAAUGAUAUAACUGUUUAUCAAAAUACUCUUAUUGAUAAAUCCCUUAAACUUUGUGAUAUUCUCAAGUAUGAAUUUAUUUAUUCUCGACCAUGUCAAGAUGUAGAACAAAUUAUCAUUGAAACAAUUCAAAAUUUAGUUUAUUGUGGUAUUAUUUCUCAAAUUGAAGAAGGUCUUUUGGAAGAGGAACGUUGGGGAAGACGUUAUGCAAAAAAUUUCGAUGACAGUUCUGAUGAGGAAAAUGCAAUUAAAAAUGCAACAAGAAAGAUCAGAUUUAAACUUGAUUUGGCACCAGAAUCAGCUGAUAAAAUGCAAUUUUUACACACAAUUUUAAGACCACUCAUUGAUACAUAUACCAUCAGUGCAUUUACGUUGAGAAAACUUGUAGGAAGAUCACUUGGUGAAAAAGAAUUUAUACAGGAGAUUCUUACUGAAAUUAAAACAAAUAUUGACAGUGGAAUUGCUGCUUAUGGUGAAAGUUUAAGCGUUGAUCCAAUCAAGAAUUCAUUAAAAGUAUUUGAAAAAUGGGGUGUUCUCGAAUGCUAUAUACACGAAAAUUCCAGGAUAUAUUAUCUCAAAGAAGAAUAUGAUAACGACAAAGCUAUCAAUGAUAUUUAUGAGAGUGUUGAAGUUUUCAAAUGGUUACACACAAAUAAUUGAUUAUUUUUUAUUUUUUAUCUAUUACAACUUUCUAUUAUUAAAAACCAUGUAAAUAUCGUAUCAUAUAAUAAGUAAUUAAUACAAAAUGCAUUAUGAUUAUACCAAAAAAAUAUCAUUUGUUAGAUACACCUUGAUAUUAUUUGAUACAAUUAUAAAAAAAAAAAAAAAUAACUUUUUUUUUUUUUUUCUUUGAUUCUUAUAUCAAGUUUAUUAAAAACAAUUAAAAAUUUAAAAAUAAAUUAAUUAACUUUUUAAUUUUGUAAACGAAAUAAUUGAAUUUAUUAAAAUAAUUGCUGUUAUAAAAUAAAGACAAAUUUAAUUCUGAUAAAUAAACAAAUGAUUAAUUAUUUUAAUAUCUAUAUAAGUUUAAUUAUAAAUUUAAUUGAAAAUGUUAAAACGACAAUUUCGAUAAU